AUGGCGGCAACGGAUGCCGUGGUGUGCGUCUUCUGCGACACAACAGAUCUCAGCGACGCAAAGUUCUUGCACUGCCUCCAUGUUAGCUGUGUCCCGUGUCUGAAUGACAGAGUCACCACUCAGGGAGCAGCGCACUGUGGAAUCUGCCGUCGGGACACUAAGCCAAAAUUUUCAGGAGUUCAUCUGAGAAAGCAGCUAGUGACUUGUCGCUCAUUGCUCAAAUCGAACAAUCACAAUGGUGAUGACGUUCGUGCACAGUCGGAGGUGCAGCAGUGUGAUUUUUGCGAGGGAGCGAUCGUGAAGCCUGCCACACAUAAAUGUGAUGACUGUGAUGGUGCUAUGCUGUGCGCGGAGCACGCCCAGGGCCAUGCGACCAAGCGAGUAUUUCGGCAUCACCAUGUAAAGUCGUUGACGAACGACGAGGCAAGUGGUGACGGAGGUGAUGCAUGGACUGAGACUAGGAACACUCGCUGUCCAGUUCACAGCAUAUACGAAGUGAACCGGUAUUGUAGAACCUGUGACAUUGUCGCCUGUGAGCAGUGUGUAGUACUAAGCCACCAACAGCAGCACACUGUCGUACCGUUGACUCAAAUAGCCAAGACUACACGCACAGCGCUCCAACAGGCGCUGCCAUUUGCGCCAGACCGCUCCACAGACGAGCAUGUUCCACCUUCAACUCAGAGUUUUCACACGGUUAUGGACAUGCUCAAGGGAGAUUUAGAUGCUCAUAUUACAAAGACAAACGAUGACGCUACGGCAGCCUCAAAGGUUAUCAGUGACACGUUCUCAGGCAUCAUUAGUCUUCUUGAUAAGCACGAGGAAGAGCUCCUGAAGAAGGUAGACGCACUCAGAUGGAAAAUGCAGAAGCCCAUGGAGAGCAAGCUGCAACGUCUGACGGAAAUUGAAGAGAGCAACGUGACGACUACGGAGGUUGGGAAAUUGUUGAGCAGCGACGACAGCAGUGACAUUGAUGUCAUGAUGCUGGGAACGUGUGUCCUGGAGAAACUCAAGUCCUUCAGGUCGGACAUUGAGUCGGAGGAAAAAUCAAUGCUGAACAAAGAUUCGUGUAAAAUCCAGACAGCUGUCUGGUCCGAUGUUCUGCAGAGUAUCAAUGCAAGUGUUAAAACAGUCGUGGAGGUGUUUGAGGACGUCGGCAUUGAUUUGCAAAAGAUGACCGUGAACGUACCACACAAGGUGCAGGUUGAAAACACAAGCAUGAUUCAGUUGAGGAUUCCCUGUGCCAGGGAUGAAGCCACGUCUUCUCACUGGCAUGGGACAUUGAAAGCUUGUUUGCGAUCUCCAUCUGGUCCAGAAGGCGCUGUAACCCUUGAAGCAUCCUCCAGUAUUGACGGCUCAGACACUCUACAGCUGAGUGCUUCCAUAGAUCCAAAGGAAACUGGUAACCACGUUCUGGAAGUAAGCACGCCCACAGAGAAGAGGUCGAUUCCAGUACCAGUGUCUGUUUCUCCACCACUCCAGUUUGACAAACAACGAUGCUCACCUGCCAUGAAGAUAACUGGAUCAACAGAAAACAUUGCGUCGCUGAGUGGCACAGACGGGCGAUAUGGCAAUGUGUAUGGCACUGUGGCCUACACGUCAGGCAUGCACACUUGGUCAGUGAAAGUCACUGGUAGUAAACUGAACAGAGGUUACAUGAACAUCGGUGUGGCUACUCUUCCUCCUGAUAGUCAAGUGGAUGACUCAAAGCGUUGCGCCUACAACUAUGGUGCAGGUUGGAAUCAACCCCGCUCACCUUACUGCUUCUUACAAGGUGGUCGCACAGAGAAUGCUCGCACCGGCCCUUGGGAAGAUGGUGAUAUCCUAACCUUCACUCUGGACUAUGACGGAGGUAGCUUGGAACUAUGCAUCCAACGUACAGGCGAGCGAAAGUCCAUCUGCGGAUUUGAUCCACAAGGCAAAGCUCUGUACUUUUGCGUCGCCAUCUGGAGCAAGCAAGACCGGAUGGUUGAGAUCGUUGGGUAG